GUGAUUAUUUUUUAAAGAAAAUGGCCGAUUAUAAUAGACCACCACCAAUCAGAUCUAUGCCGCCAAUGCUUCGUUCCUCACCAUUUCUAGGAGGUAGAUCACUGUCAUCGUUACCUGAACAUAAAUAUUCUUCAUGGAAUACUCAAGCAUUACAAGUAAUGCCUGUAUAUAGACCAACAGUGUCAACAUCAACUGGUGAGCAAAUAGUUGCACCGGUUCUAAAUCAUCAGUCAUCGCUUCCCUUGCAGCCAAUAUUACCAUCGUGUUGGUCGAAUGCUGGACGUUUCCCACCUAUUCACUAUCCUCCUCCUGCUCCUCUCGGUUAUUUGUCUAUCCCACAACAAAAUCAAAUUCCAAAUUAUGAAAUUAUGAAAUCUGUUGUUAAUUUUGAGUCAAUCUUAAAUUCAUGGUUAAGUUAUUAUGAACCAAUAUUUACCGAGCGAAGAAGACAAUGUAAAGAACAGAAUAAUAUACAACUACCGAUGUAUAGAAAUAUGUUGGUUAAAUGGUCAGAAUUAAUUCAGAAAAUACAAGCAACUUGUAAACAAAAUGAAACGUCUUCUUCAUUUUCACUACAGAAUGAACUGAAUGCUGUUCAACAAUAUUGUACAAAUCCACAUAUUGUCAAUUUAGUGAAAAAGAAACUUCGUUUAAUCCACAAGAAAAGACGUUAUCUUAAACGUAUACGUGAUCGUAGACAAAAUUCACAAUUACAAUCAUCAACUUGUUCUGUAAUUGUACAAUCUACAACUGGUAGUAUACUUGAACGAUUAAAAUCAGAUAUAUCAUUGACUAUUGAACAAUCAGGUGUUCAUGAUGAACAGCAGAUCAAUGUAGAUAACCAUACAAACAAUAUUAUUGACAAUGAAUCAAAACAUAAACUGUUUAAUCUUAAUCAAGAAAAUAACAAUCAUCAUUUAAGCCAAAUGAAAACAAUAUUACAUAAAUCUAUUGAUGAAUGUCAAACACGUUUAAGACUUUUGGAUAAUUUAGAAAAAUUACGUUCUGCACGAUUAACACAAGCUGAACAACAAGGUGGACUUUUUCCUUAUCAACUCAACGAAAAAUUCAACUCAGAUGUAAAUGAACUAAAAGAUCAAUUAUCUGUUCAAAUCCAGAAAUUGGAAUCAUUAUAUUCAAAGGUUAAAGAUGCAAUAAGAAAUAUUGUAAAUCGUCAAUCCAAAAGCAACUACAAUACAGUAUCUCGAACUGAAGGUAAUUAUUGUAUUCAUGUGCCCAAUUUACCAAAAUCAAUAAAAAUGGAACUUUUUGGAAAUUAUUCUACCAAUAAUUCUUCCAAGAUUCCACAACGUUGGGAACGUUUUUAUCAUCAAGCUGAUUAUAAUUUCUGUGAUUUCAUACGAAUCAGGCAGGUUUUACACUUUUAUUUGUCUCUUCAAAACUAAUGGUAAUACUGAUAAUAAACAGAUAUAAUUCAAAUAAAUGUACGGUAAAGUAUGGAAUAGUGGUUAUUUGUUUUAGACACCUGAUUUUCAGUUAUUGGGUCUAGGUUCCAAAGUUUUGUCAGUGUAAUGGUCUCACCAGUACCUUUGCAUACAUAUAUAUCACUUACAGUCGCUGGUAUAAAUAUACGUUUUGUAGUGAGGAUCUAAAUUCAUUUCUUUGUAAAUUGAUUGACGUAUUCCAAUUACUUUGGUUCUUCUCAACUUCGUCGUCACAUAUGCGAGUUAAUAAUGUCUGACAAAUGUCAUUGUGUAGUGAACAAGAACACAAGUGCGGGACAACCAAACGUAUUUGAAUAAAAAAUCUCGUAGUAAAAUCUGAGACCCAUAUGGUAAAUACUUCAUUUGUUAAAUGCCAAUCAAUUAUCUCAGACUUGAUUGUUCUUUAGUUUCCAUACUAAUCAUUCUGUGUUUUCGUUCUCAUUCUCUUCAAUCUUCUUAACCAUCUGCCACCAUGCAUUUUACUUCCUACUGGUAUAUACAAACCUGUGUACGACCAAUCUCGAGUUGUCGGUGUAGUUUUAUAUUAUGUAAGAAAUGCUUAAUUUCUUAGAUUAAAAGUUCACUCUUCUUAAUGGCUAUUAAUAAGAACGAUUUUCAGAUAGCAUAUUCUACUGAAUAACUGUGCAUUAUCAGAGAUUAUUUAUUCAUUUAUUUUAACACAUAAACAUUUUUACAAGGAGGCACCAAACACAUAUGCACCAGAUAAAUAAUUCGAUUUAUAUGAGGGCUGAUAUACUACCUGGGUGCCCAAACAGAAUCAAGUGGUUUCCUUAGGGGACCUUACCCCGAACCUUUGACCUAAAGGUCUAAUCCAUAAGGCAGUGCGGAAACGUUAGGAGAUGCAGUCCCGAUAAUAAGUCCAUACGUCAUUUGUUUCUUUGGGAUCCUGUAGUUCAUGUGCACCAUUGGUUUGAAAUCAGGGUUUUCCAACUCCUCUAGGUGAAUCCUCCGUAUCUACUAACCCGGUUAAAGUGCCGGACAUUGGCUCUUCAUCCUCUCAAUUUCGUAAACAACAGUAAUGCCACGAGAAGUCGGCGAUUAGGACUUGUGUGGCAGUGAUUGUAUGCACGUGGUCAUGUGAGAACAUUUGGAGAGGAAGAGCUGGUUCUCCUCACUCUCGGCUGUACUGAGGCGUUUGGAGGCAAUGUUCCCGUUAUUUAUCGUUUGAUAUUUAUAAACUGUAGUACUUUCUGGCUCGAUGUUGUAUGUGUCAACAACUGUAUGUCACCAGGUACUUUGAACUGUUACGUGGUACACAAUUGUAUAAUAUUGCAUAAUUUAAUACAUUCACUCUUUUAUAGAUAUGCUUGGGAUAAAUAUCUUAAGAUGGAUAUUCCUACUAAUGAAAAUGUAUUGAAUAGUUUAACUAGUUCACAAUUGCCAAAAAGUUGGAUUUUACCUCAAAUAAACAAUAAUCAUCAAAACAUUGAUCAGAAUGACAAUCAAAAUAGUAGUAUUCAAACAAAUAAUGAAGAAACUAAUGAAAUUGAUAAUAUAAAGGAGAAAUGGAAUAAAUAUCUUAGACCGAUUCCUUCUUGUUACACAUAGUUCGUCUAUUAUCAUCUUUUAUAUUGUACAGUUUCUUCAAUUGACUGUUUCAUUUGUACAUUAUGAAUAUUAUUAUCAUUACAAUGAUAAUGUUGCAUGUUUGUAAUAUUUUGUCGAUUGUUUCCCUUUCUUUUAGACAUGUACAUUAUUCAACUGUAAUUCUUCUUUAUUCUUCUUCUUCUUCAAAAGUAACUAAUACAAACCAAUUAUGAUUUGAUGAUAAUUAAAAUAAUUUAAAGAAUAACUAUUGUGUUAUUCAUUCAGACAUCCAUCCAUCUAAUGUAAUGAGAGAUUACUACAAAAAUUGUGUUUUAUUAUGUUCAGUUUCUAAGCAAGAAUAAUUCAUUAUAACAAUUAUAGAAUACAUUCGUUAUGCU